CAUAUUCUCUAUGAUGGCACAGAAAAGUGUGGAUGUGAAACGUGUUGCUUUUUCCUCAGAGGAGACAUUUGAUGAUACAUUUCUGAAAGUAAAGGAUAUUCUUGAUAGUCAGGUUUAUCUACAUGAAGUUAUGAUGAGAUCGAGUGAGUUGUACAAAACCAUCUAUAUGGAUAUGUUGGAGAAGACCAAAGCCUUAGAAGGGAAACUUCAACCAAUGUCACCUGCUUUCUUGAAAUGGUUGACGGAUUACACUCAUCUCAUAGGAUCUUUCUCCUCUGCUCAAGAGCAAACUUCAGAGACAGCAACAACACAGAAAACAGUUGUUGCUAAGAAAAAGAAGAGAAGCAGAAAAAUGGAGGAUGAUCUGUUUCAGCCCAGUGUGAAGAAACCAAAGAAACAGCAGGUUAAGAAAGCAAAGGUAAUGGACAAGAACUCAAGUCAACCAUCGCUUGUUAUAGAGCCUAUUUCACCUCCUCCAACUGAAGCUAACCUGGAUGUUUCCAGUGAAGUCAACUUGUUUGUGGAUGAAGACACUCUCGUAGCCGACUGUCAAUCUACUACCCCAAACGACUGGUGGCAGGAUUACAAUCAGCUUAUGGAAGAUAUUGAGCAACAAGAGUCAAAUGCAGUAGAGGAUGAUCCUUAUGAAGAACACAAACUAACUCCUCUUCAAAAGAAUUUGAAAAGAAAAGAAGAAGGACCUUCAGUUGAAUUGCAAAUGACAUCAGAGACUCAGAGCACAGUAGAGAAAGCAGAUGCCAAAGAGAGACGACGCAAGUCUUUAAAAAGAGCUGCAGGAGAACAGAUCAUCACUACCAAGAGGAUACGUCAGACAGAGAACACUACUCCUUCUAAGACAGCUAAUGUUUUAAUGUGCACACCUGUUGCAGGAAACGAUAUUUUCAGUUAA